AUGGCUCAGACCGACAGAAAGCAUUUUCUCCUGAUUUCUGUCCCGGGAUUCGGGCACACGAUCCCCAUGGUAGCUUUGGCCCGGCAACUUAAUGCUCGUAAUCACAAAGUUACUUUCGUCAUAUGCAAAGCCGCUGUGGCGCAUAUGCGGAAAAAAAGCGAGAUCACACCGGAGGAUGAAAAAUCCAUCCAUCUCAUCGGACUGGACGAUGGCAUUCCCGAAUGUGAAUCGGACGAUAAUCUGACAAUGGUGUCUCUGAUGAAGUUUAAAGAUCAUGGUUUGCCAGCGAUGCAAAAACUCGUCAAAGGGAUCCCAGUCGCAGGGCAACCCCCCACGGAUGGCGGAGAAAGUUACGGUAUAACCGUGCCGGUUAACGUGGUGGUUGUGGAUAUCUUCGCUGCUGCAGCCAUGCUCGGAUGUGUCGAACGAAAACUCCCAUAUUACUUUUUGAAUUGUUCACCUAUUGGGCCAUUCCGGACCAUGCUUAACAUCACCGAGCGUACACCGGUGAGGGAGACUAAGGAGGUUGUUAUGGAGAGCUUCGACGUUGUACGGCCGGAAUCGGAAGGCCCACAACCGGCCAUCAGUCAUAUUAUGAAAGGUCUGUGUUUGUCAAUCAAUCAGUUUCUUUCUACGGGCAAUGGAAUGCUGAUCAACUCUUUCCGAGAGAUUGAGCAGCAGUUUAUUGACGAGAUCAAGCCGGAUCCACGAAUGAGAAAGUUGGACUUCUACUGCGUUGGGCCGUUAAUGCCGGAAGAAAAAGUCGACACCAAUUCCAGCCACACGGAGCUAGGGGAAAAGGUCACACGUUGGUUGGACCGUCAAGCGGACAAAUCGGUGGUAUACGUGUCGUUUGGCUCUGUGGUCGUCCUCAACGAAAACCGUAUUCUGGAGUUAAGCAGGGCGCUGCAGGCACUGAAGAAGCCGUUCAUUUUCUCCAUCCGCGAAAACCAUCAGUCUCUUCUACCGGCUGACCUACGCAUUGGCAUCGACACUCAGCUGGAGAAUCCUGAUGCUUCGGGGCUGUUUUUGCACUGGGCACCACAAAAACUGAUCUUGGGACACCGAGCCACAGCGGUUUUCAUUAGUCAUUGCGGAUGGAACAGUACUAUUGAGAGCUUGUUCAGCGGGAAGCCGGUAGUUGGUUGGCCAAUUUUUGGAGAUCAAUUAGAGAAUGCGUUGUGGAUUGAAGAACUGGGCUUAGGCGAAUCAUUGGUACGCCGCGAGCACGCUGAUAACGAUGUAGAGAAAAAGAACAUCACCAGCGAAAAAAUUGCCGCAGCCGUUCGGCGCGUAGGAUACGACAAUGAUGUGACACAUAAAAUGGCGCUGAAGUGGAAGGAAAAAAUCAGGGCUGCUGUGGCUCCGGGAGGCAGUUCUAACCGGGAAUUACAGGAAUUCAUCGAUGCGGUGGUAUAA